ACCGGACCAAUGGGAGACGAACAUCAAACAAAGUCCUCAACAAAAACUGGUGCUCUUCUUCUAACCUUCCUUCUCACUUCUGUACUUAAAACUUUUUUUUCACUAAAAGUAUCUUGGAUUCGUUUGUCUCAGGUUAUCUGUUUACAGUUGGACAUAUACCUUGAUUCUGUGGGAAUCCUUGAGGCUUGUGAACCUACAUUUUCACAUUUACAGAAUGAGAUUCUUGCUUGAUGAAAGUGUUCUCUUUGGUAGUUUCUCUAGUAAAUAGUCCAACUAAAAUUUGUUGGCUGUUUGGGUUCGGUAUACACUGAGUAAACAAAUGGAUUCCAUAAGGUGUUGGCUGAAGAAGUUGAGGUUGAAAGAUAAGGUGAAGCCUUCAAAGAAAAAGGAAACAACCAGCUACUCGAAGGAGUUGUCGAAAGCACAAAUGAGUGAGGACGUGCCAUCAAAUGUAACCAAGCAGAAAGUUGCUGCUGCAAAACAGUAUAUUGAAAACCAUUACAAGAAGCAGAUGAAGAGCCUGCAGGAGAGGAGGGAGAGACGUGAUAUACUGGAAAAGAAGUUGGCGGAUGCUGAGGUCUCUGAGGAAGAACAGAACAACUUAUUGAAGUAUUUGGAGAAAAAGGAAACAGAGUACAUGCGCCUUCAGAGGCAUAAGAUGGGUGCUGAUGAUUUUGAGCCAUUGACAAUGAUAGGGAAAGGUGCAUUUGGAGAGGUUAGAGUCUGUAGGGAGAAGGCAACUGGUAAUGUAUAUGCUAUGAAGAAACUUAAGAAAUCAGAAAUGCUUCGAAGAGGACAGGUUGAACAUGUGAAAGCUGAAAGGAAUCUACUCGCAGAAGUUGAUAGCAAUUGCAUUGUCAAGCUGUAUUGUUCAUUUCAAGAUGAUGAGUAUUUAUAUUUAAUCAUGGAAUAUCUGCCUGGAGGAGAUAUGAUGACUUUACUAAUGCGCAAGGAUACACUAACAGAAGAUGAGGCUAGGUUUUAUGUUGGGGAAACUAUCCUUGCUAUAGAGUCUAUCCAUAAACAUAACUAUAUUCAUAGAGAUAUCAAGCCUGAUAACCUGCUUCUUGAUAGAGAUGGUCACAUGAAACUGUCAGAUUUUGGACUAUGUAAACCGUUAGACUGCAGUAAUCUUCAGGAAAAGGAUUUUUCUGUGGGAAAAAACCUCAGCGGAGCUCUUCAGAGUGAUGGACGUCCGGUGGCUCCAAAACGCACGCAACAAGAGCAACUGCAGCAUUGGCAGAGGAACAGGAGGAUGCUUGCUUAUUCUACUGUUGGAACACCAGAUUAUAUUGCACCUGAGGUUUUAUUGAAGAAAGGAUAUGGAAUGGAAUGUGACUGGUGGUCGCUUGGCGCUAUUAUGUAUGAAAUGCUUGUGGGGUAUCCACCCUUUUAUUCUGAUGAGCCAAUGUCAACUUGUAGGAAGAUAGUAAAUUGGAGAACUCAUUUAAAAUUUCCGGAAGAGGCUCAACUAUCUCCCGAAGCAAAAGAUCUUAUCAGUAAACUCUUGUGUAAUGUUGACCAAAGGCUUGGUACAAAAGGCACAGAUGAAAUUAAGGCUCACCCGUGGUUUAAAGGUAUCAUGUGGGACAAAUUAUACCAAAUAAAAGCUGCAUUUAUUCCUGAAGUUAAUGAUGAAUUAGAUACGCAAAAUUUUGAGAAGUUUGAAGAGGCUGACAGCCAAAUUCAAUCUUCAACAAGAUCAGGUCCAUGGAGAAAGAUGCUCUCAUCCAAGGAUAUAAAUUUUGUGGGUUACACGUAUAAGAACUUUGAAAUUGUAAAUGAUCAUCAAUUACCUGGAAUUGCUGAAUUGAAGAAGAAGAACAACAAACCUAAAAGGCCCUCCAUCAAGUCCCUUUUCGAAGACGAGGUGGCUACAGUAAAUCAACCUGUUCAUGGGAGCUUUCUAAACCUUUUGCCCCCGCAAAUAGAAGCUCUGGAGGAGGGUAGAUCUCAAUAAGCUCUAGUGUCGUUGUGUUGUUAACAUAAGACAGGCUGUAAAAACCCAAGAAAAGAGUGGAUUACAUUAUCCGGUGAAUGGCUUUUGUUUCACUGCUCCCUGCGUUUCAUACUUUUAGAGUGGAAGUUACCUGGGGGCAAAGGUCCCCAGAACGAGUGGGUUUGCGAAAGAUAGAAUCGCGGUCUUUGUAAUAUGGUAAAUAUUCUUUCGUAUUUGUUGUGUAUUUUUUUCGUUGUUCUCUGACUCUGCAUGAAAUUUGUGUACCAUUAUUAUCUGUGUAUAGGUGUACAAUUUCAUUCAUGUCUGUGAAAAAUGAAAAAGAAGAGUUGAAUCUCUUUCAAUCUUUUA